AUGGCUGCGAUUGCGCAAUUAGCGGCGGGAAGUGCGAUCACCACGCUGCGAUACACGAGCUCAUCGAGCAGCCUGUUCGAUAAGAGCAGAUUGCCACAGCUUACAUCGGGACAUCGCGCGAGGAGCAGGGUGAGCAAUCGUCGUCGCGUGCCGUUGUCACAGCGCAUCACCAGCAAGAUGGUUAUUCCAGGGUUCGGCGAGUCGCCCGAGGCGAGGUCCGCGGGGGCGCUGCACAACUUCUUCACCUACAUCGCCGUGCGCAUCGUGCUCUCGCAGCUGCAGGCGUACAACCGCGAGGGGUACGCGGAGCUUAAGGAGUUCACGGACCGCGUGCCUCUUAAAGACGGCGACCAGUUCUGCGCCACGCUCAUGCGCGAGAGCCCUCGGCACAAGAAGUUCGCCAUGAGAAUUCUCGAGGUUCGGCAAGCUUACGCGCUGGAGGACUUUGAGUGGGAGAACCUCCGAUCCGUGUCUCUCAAGCGAAUGGAGGAGGGCAACAAACAGUUGAUGCGAGAUUUCCUCAUGGAGACCAGCCGCUUUGAUUAG